AUGUCUGCAAAAUUCUCUAUCCGACGACUGCGCUUCGUCGCCCUAUUCGUCUUGUCCACCACCUUAUUCAUUCUCUACAGAUUCUAUUACUACGAAACCCACAUAGAGUUCGCGUUCUACUCCCGUGACUGGAUACAUCAAGAAAUAUUGCCCACCGAACCACUCGCUGGGUGUUUUGGCCCAUCGAGAGUCAGCCCAAAAUACAACGUGUCGGAGGCAGUAUACGGUCCAAAGAAGACGGAGGUGCAGGCGGGGCUGCUAUUGAAGAUGGGUUUGGAUUGUUACGACCUCGCUGGGACGAUACGCAGUGACGGCAGUACUCGCAUACCUGAUGUGCACAUACCCGGUGACGAACGAAUCCAGUACCAUACAUAUUGGCGAGUCGACCUCGCUGCCUUUGGACCUCGGCAAGAGUAUAUGCUCAAAUCCUUCUUCGCCACCCAGAACAUCCACACCUCCCGCCUUAUCCUAUGGUCGAACGGUGACCUCUCCAGCAACGAGAUCCUCGCCGGCUAUGUGGAGCGUUACCCCGACGCCUUUGCCCUCAAAAUUGUCAAUAUCCCUGCAUUGGCAGUGGGAACAGAGCUAGAGGGCAGCGAGCUGUUGCGUCGUAAAGACGAGAAAGCAUGGGUUGACGGCGACCUCAUUCGCCUGCUCCUGCUAUGGAAUUACGGCGGUGUAUGGAUCGAUAUGGACUCGUUACUCACGCGAGACCUCGAUCCCCUACUCGAGCACGAGUUUGUCACUCAGUGGGACUGCUAUGACAAAGUCUACCAGCCAUUCAAUGGUGCCCUCAUGCGAUUCCGUCAGCACUCACCCUACAUCUGCGAAGCGUUCCAUAUCAUGGCUACCGGAACCGCGCCUCGGGCUGAUUCCACUGACUGGGGGUCGACGCUGUACUUCAAGUUAUGGCGUCGGGUAGUUGUGGGGUCCAUACCUCCCUUCAAGAUCCUUCCGUUCUGUUUCAGUGAUGGCAGAGCGUGUAGAUUGGAUAACAGGCUGCCUGACCCAUUUGUGGCGGACGAUGCGAAAGGCAAGUGGACGAUGGGGCUUGGGAUGGAGGAGGGAGGUCCACUGGAUAAGGCUCUUGGGAACGUGUUUGGGUUACAUUUGCACAAUCAGUGGGAUAAAGCAUUCCCAAAGGACGGUUGGGUAGACAGGUUGUUGUUGAAGCGGUAUGAUAAAAAGCUGUCAUCCUAG